CGAAUUUUGUUCUUCACAUUUCUGUCUGGAAAACCUUAAACGACAACUUUGUGAUUAGUUCAAGGAAACAGCAAUGGAUGCCGACCAGAGAUUAACAGCCUUGGAAAAGGCCUAUAUGGAUGUAGUAUUGAACACAGAGAAGGAGGCAGCGACGAGAAUUAUGGUGUCGGAACAGAAAGCUCAAUGUUUUCGGGAGGAGCUCCAAGUGGUGAAAGAAAAGGGGCUAAUGACGCUGAUGAAGCUCAAAGAGAUGAUGGAUUCUAAGAUUAUUGAAGCAGAGUUGACAUCGUUGAGUCAACAGAGGAAGAUUGAAGAACUUGAAGCUCAACUUGAGGAAGCAGAAGAUAUUGUAAGUGAUCUCAGGGUUGAGUUGAGAGAAGUUCAAGCUGAACUUGAGAAAGUCACCAGGAAAGAGAAAGAAGAAAAGCAAUCACAGGAUGUUGAUACUACUAAUCCUAGAGAACUAACAAAGGAGAACACAGUUGUAUUGCCUUCAGAAUCUCAGGAUAAUUCAGUGAGAACUUCUAAUAUGGAGGUCGACAGUAUGAACCAGAAACUUGAGGGCUACCAUUCUGGUCAUACAAAGAUUAACACAGGAAAUUGUUUUGUUGCUAGUUCGGAUUUACCCUCUAUAAGUUUGAGAGGCAAAGCACUAGAGUUAUACCAAAAUGGACAUACACAGAUAAUUCAUGCUGCUGAAGGAAAUCCAUUGCAUAGGGAAGUCGGUCAUUACAAAACAUUUUCCAAACAUUCUUCAAAGAUGGAAAGCAUGCCAACUAAUAAUUUCUUGAUAGAUGAUUCAACUGCAGCGAGAGGCAAUGCUUCUAGUGAAGAUACUUCUGAGAUGGUCCAAGGAUUGUCCACAGGAAAAGGUGAACAAGACAUGGAGCUGGGACAUGCAGAAAGUUCUGAUAAUAAACCUCAGUCUAUUGAGGCUUCUGAUGUUCAUCAUGCAAGAGAUGAGCAUGAGCAGUUGACGGGAAAGAUGGAUCUUUCAGAAGAAGAUAUUGACAAUGUUUGCAAUCAGUUGCUCUUUAUAAAAAAACUUUGCAAUAAGCUGUUAAAUUCAGAAUCAAAAGCAUCCGAUGUAAAAAAUAGGGUCUCUAACCAACCUCUAAAUGAUAGAGUGUUUAAGUACACAUACCAAAGAAAGAGGACCAGAGAAUUGUUGAGUGUACCUGAUGAAAAAGCUUCAAUUGCAAAGAACUCUCAAAGAAAAAGAAUGUGUGAAACUACAUAGUCUUCUCGAGACACAGGAUGAGUUCAGUGACAGAAUCAUCUCAGUACAGUUGGCAAAUGGCAUUUGGUUGCUCAACAGCUAAUGUGUCUGUCUAAGAAGUGCUCGUGAAAUUGUGUGUGUCAUGUCUUCUGUGCUAGAAAAUAAGGAAUGUCUUCUGUCAACUAUCUCUGAGAUCCAGCUUCUGGAUAUCAUGUCACUAAGGAUGGAGGUUUAUGAGUGAGAUGCACCAUCCAAUUGAUAGUUUACAGGCAUGGCAGAGACAUAACUAGCCUUAAAAGCACUGGAUUCAUGUGAAGGCAAUAACUUUUGCCCAAAUCAUGUAUUUGUAUCAAGAAAUCGAACUAAUUAGUGAAUCAAGUUUUUAUUGUAUAUUAACUUGAGAUAACUGGAGGAACUUGUUAACUUCAAUUCUUGGAUCCACCUUUGUUAUCCAGUAGGUUAACUAUCAUUAUUCUAUUGUUUGAAUUUGGAUGCUGUCCUUGUACAGUAUGUAGCUUUCAACUCAAUGAUGUUCAUCUUUCCUGUUUAAGUAGUUUAA